CAGUACAUAUUAUUUUUGUUUUAUUUGCCGGUGGUUUUUUUAUAUAUUUGUCAGGAAUUUGUGGAAAAUCCUUUGUUUUCUUUCUUUAAAAAUAAAAGAAGUGAUUUAAUUCUUAUAAAUCAAUAACAAAACAAUAAAAAAUUAUAAAUAAAAAGCUUCCUUUAUAUAGCAUUUUAUAAUUAAAAGCAAAAUUUAAAAUUUUUGAAUGAAGCCAACAAAAUGCUCAAGUAUUUAGUGGUUUUCUUAAUCCUCGCCAAAGUCUCCACAGGAGUUGAGUAUACGGAAGAUGAAAAUGGUUAUUUAGCCUAUUGUCCCUGUAUGGGACGCUUUGGCAAUCAGGCUGAUCAUUUUUUGGGAUCUUUGGCAUUUGCCAAAGCCUUAAAUCGUUCUCUUAUACUGCCACCUUGGGUAGAAUAUCGUCGUGGUGAAAUGCGUUCUUUGCAGGUGCCCUUUAAUAAUUACUUCUCGGUGGAAGCUUUAAAAAACUAUCAUCGUAUUAUUUUAAUGGAAGAUUUUAUGAAAUACUUGGCUCCGAAGCUUUGGCCUGAGGAGAAAAGGGUGUCUUUUUGUUAUAUGGAACGUAAAAGUUUGCAAAAUAAAGGUAAUACCAAACCAGGUUGUCAUGCUAAAGAAGGCAAUCCUUUUGGACCAUUUUGGGAUACCUUUGCUAUAGAUUUCAGCAGUUCUGAGUUCUAUGGUCCUCUACACUUUGAUGUUCACCACAGUAACAUGCCCGAAAGAUGGAAUGAACGUUAUCCUGCAUCACAAUGGCCAGUAUUAGCUUUUACGGGUGCUCCGGCCAGUUAUCCAGUGCAAAAUGAAAAUCGCCAGUUGCAGCAAUAUUUAAAGUGGAAUCAUAAAUAUCGUACACUGGCAGCAGAUUUCAUUAAAAAUUCCCUACCCAAAGGCGCCUUCAUAGGUAUACACUUGCGCAAUGGCAUAGAUUGGGUGAGAGCAUGUGAACAUGUUAAGGAUAGUCAGCAAUUGUUCGCCUCACCUCAAUGCUUGGGUUAUAACAAUGAAAAAGGCUCUCUAUAUCCAGAAUUAUGUAUGCCUUCUAAAGAGCUAAUUGUGCGUCAAAUAAAGCGACUUAUAAAAAAUGUUAAACAAGAUCAACCUAAAAAUGAGGUACGUUCCGUGUUUGUGGCCUCCGAUAAUAAUCAUAUGCUGCCAGAACUAAAUGUAGCCUUACAACGCAUGAACAUAACGGUACACCGUUUACCUGAGGAUAAUCCUCAUUUAGAUUUGGCCAUUUUAGGGCAAUCAAAUCAUUUCAUAGGCAACUGUAUAUCCUCGUUUACCGCGUUCGUUAAAAGAGAACGUGACAUAAGUGGUUUUCCUUCAUAUUUUUGGGCUUAUCCCAAUGAAAAAGAACGCCAGCAUUCCCGGGUACAUGAAGAACUUUAAAAAGAUAUUUAUAAGCCAACAACCAGCGAAUAUAAUUGAAUCUCCAUUAGCAUUUAAAAGUUAUACAAAUGGAAGGUAUAACAUUAAGUAGAAGUAGUUUAAAACUGGAAAGUAUUUUCUUAAUAAAAACGACUUUAAAAUGUAUGUUUUCUUUAAAAUCUUGAAUUUUUAAAGAAAUAAUUUUUAUUUUUUUAUAUUAAAUUUAAUUGAUGACAAAUAGAAAACUUA